GCCAAACUGAAAGAGAAGUAUACCAUGCUGGCCAUCCCACAUAGCAAACGAUAUAGUGUGACCAAAACAAUCCUCCCGCCAUGUUCUCUCCGUAUCCAUCCCACUAACCCUCGAAUUAUUGUAAUAGGAACAUACAAGCUCGAAGACAGUGGGCAUCGUCAUGGCUCCAUCGACCUAUACCACUACGUCAAUGGUACAUUCACGUUAAAACAGACGUAUGCCACCGCUGGUGCCAUUCUCGACAUCAAAUUCAACCCGAAACAAGCUAAUCAUCUUAUAUCAGUGGAUUCAAUUGGCCAUGUUAUGUGUUGGAGAAUUACCGACAACAUUGAAUUGAUAAGUGAUGUCAAAGUCACCGAGGAAGACGACGUCCUCAUCACAUCGUGCUUCUUUUCUCCAGAUGAUAAAGUCUUGUUGACAUUCACGGAUGGAUCACUGGGGAUAUUCGAUGUGGCAACAGAAAAGGUAGAAUUCUUGUCUACGUCUCAUGAAUUGGAAUGCUGGACUGGUGCGUUCGGCGAAGGUGAGAUGAGCCAUGUCGUGUAUACCGGAGGAGAUGAUUCCCAACUCAUAGCCCAUGAUCUACGCACCAAUGAGAAAAUCUGGUCUAAUAGAAGACACCACAGUGCUGGAGUAGUGUCUAUAUUAGCUCCGGGAAAGGACUUUCGUGCUGAUCCGUACAGUUUAUGGACUGGGUGUUAUGACGACCAUCUACGUGUGUUUGACUUACGUGCCGGCAUUCCUCGACUCCUUCAAGAAGAAAAUCUCGGUGGAGGGGUAUGGAGACUUAUUCCAAGCCCCACUGAAGACGACAAUCGCUUAUUGGUCUGUUGCAUGUAUGACGGUGCUCGUAUUGUAGAAACUGACGAGAAUAAGUUCACAGUCUCGAGAUACUUCAAAGAGGAUCAUGAGAGUAUGUGCUACGGCGGUGAUUGGGGGGAUAACUACGUUGCUACAUGCUCAUUCUAUGAUAAUGUUGUACAAACUUGGUCUCCUGAUACAACUAUGUAAAUAAACUUAAAUCUAAUGGAACAGACGAGCCUCGGCCACUAGGAUAUAACUUUUUGGCACCAUUGUAUCGGCGUGGAUUAGGAAGCGCAGAUGCAUUUGUAAAUUUAAAUCUCUUAUCAUCGAUAACAAUCUUCUCCGUGCUGGCGUGUCCACCAAUUGUAUAUUCCCUAGCAGAUAUUUUCCGUAAUGAGGAUCCGGCAUUUUGUAAUUGAUCCAAGCCAGAUGAAGCUGAUGGUGGGGGUGGUGGAGCGGCUUUCUUGUAUGGAUGACUUACUGCUGGAGGGGUAGGUGCAUUUGUUGGUGGAGGAGGUGGUGGUGCCAUGUUAGGCAACAGUGGCGGUGGUGGAGGAGGUGCAUUAGUCACUGCAGGUGGUGGUGGUGGUGGUACCAUAUGUGGCAACACUGGAGGAGUUGAAAAUCCGGGUGAACUAAGCUCUUCUUCCUCCUCCUCCUCCUCCUCCUCCUCCUCUUCUUCUUCUUCUG